CGCCUCAGGUGAGAAUGUCCCCUUCUUUGUUAAACGUGCACACGCUUCCCUCGUGUCCAUGAGGUUGGCGCUGUCCUUGUCCUGCAGCCUGGUCGUCGUACCCUGCUGCUGUACCCUGCUGUACCCUGUCCUACCCGGGUGGGGCGGCGGACGGGAAGAGAGGGGCGGCCCGCGUAAGCAAGAGGUGUGGUUUGCAGCGAGGAGCUCGUGGGCUUCCAUCAUCGGGAGCAACAGCGCGUGGAAGUGGGAGCGCGAGCGCAGCGCCGAGGGAUGCCGAGUUACGGCAGCGUUUCUCCGUAAACUAAGAGUUCAGGCAGAGAUGUGAGGCAGUUCAAUUUAGCUCGAAACUGCAUGGAACCGUACAAAAGAAGAGGAUACUUCCGCGGACACCUGAUAGCCGGGCUGGCGCCGGUAAAAGUAAGCCUAGGAGAGGAGGAGAGUCACUAAGGAGGAGAGCUAUUGACACUGCAGGCUUGUACGGUUUGGUGGGCUUAUUCCUGAAGUUGGACUAUAAGAGCUGGUAUUGAGGCUAGAGCUGCUCUGUUCCGUGUUGUGAUCAGAAUGGGAAAUGCUGAUAGCCAGGCCAGCAUUCCAGGCCCCAGGGGCACCAGCUUCAUGUUACCUAGGAAACCAAAACCCUAUUCCCUGAGGUUCCGACCAGCCAAGCAGAAAGUCCUGUCACCUCACAGCUGGUGGAGGGGCAGGGAGGGGGGCUCCGGUUACAAGUCCCGGGCCUUAGGGAGGAGCAGUGUAUUCCAGCAGAAGAAUGGCCAAAAUUACUCCUUGCGGCAAUAUGAGUGCUUCACCCUUGGGAGUAAUGACAAUGGAAAGCUUCCAGCAGAGACCUUCCACUCACAUCCGUACUGUGAACUUGGAGAACAAAACAGUUAUAUCAGAGAAUGCAGUAGUCACCCCCUGGUCAGGAAUGGGAUGCCUGGGGUGGCAUCACCAUGGGAACUUGUACAAGAGAGUUGCAGUCCUAGGGUGCUAGUCCGGGAGGAUGGAAGCCUGCAGGUAGAUUUUCCCAGUACUGGUGGAUCGGCCCCAGACAGAUCAGCCAGGCCUGUGCACCUGCUCAAGUUUUCCCCAUACAGGACUGCACCUGACCACGUCAUGACAUCCACAGACCCCACACUCAGAACUAGCAAGGGUAGCUCACUCAGCUCAGAUGGCUCAUGGUAUGACUCACCUUGGGGCAUGGUGGGCGAGCUCAGUGAUGCAGAGAAAUCCUGCUCGUCAGGUCAGACUUAUGACAAUGUCAACAGGGUCAGCACUAACUCCUUUAAUCUCACAGAGGAGAAGUCUACUCUGGUCAGUGCCAACUCCUCAGACCUCACAGAAGAGAACCCCACCAGGAUUUACACAAACUCCUACAACCGCUCAGGAGAGAAUCACAUUGUGGACAACAUGAAGUUAAUCACCCCCAUAGAACAGGACUGCACUGGGAACAAUAAUAAUUACGGCAGUGUCAAAGAGAACUUCAAGAGGGUCCAUGCAAACUCCUCCAGCCUGCCAGAGGAGAACUGUAUCAGGAACAACACUUCCUGUAGUGUUACGCAGGACUGCUGCCUCAGGGACAGCACUAGUUCCUCUGGCCAUUCUGAGGAUUACAACAUCAAGGACUCUGUGGCCUUACAAGGCAGUCGGAGGGCCCUUGACCAGGGUUCAUCUCCUGUGUUCUUUGCAGAUCUCUAUAGGGACCGUAGGAUGGCAGUCACUUUUCCCACAGCCAGAGAUUUUACUCCCUCUUUCCUGGAUGUCAGCUCAACUGAUAGACAUGCCUCCUGUGCCUCCAUUAUGGAUGAGGCAGCUGAGGAGAAGUGUUCAGGGGUCAAGGAGUACACUUCCUACACGCUUCCCUGCCGCAAGGCCGUGCCGGUCACUGACAGCAAUGCCAGGAAGAGCUCACUCAAGAGCCGCUUACGACGCAUCAGUGAUUGGACAGGAAGCCUGAGCAGGAAGAAGAGGAAACUCCAGGAGCCCAGGAGUAAUGACAACGAAGGUUUGGACAGUGGUGUGGACAUGCAGACUGUUGAAGGUGGCUCCACAUCUCAGACCUCAAACCCUGCGUGGCACCCUGACAUCCCCCAAGUCCCAUCCCUUCCCUAUUCUGUCACCAUGCCUGCUCUCAGUGGCAGUGCCGAUAAUGACUGCGCUGCCUUCCGGCAGAAUGUUUAUGAGACCUUCAUGCGGGAGCUGGAGACAGUUCAUGGCAGCGCUGAGCCAGAGCUCUUUGAAGAGACAGCUGAGACCAGCAGUGACUCUGGGGGCUCCUUGGAGCAGUUGGACAUGCUUCUGGAGAAGGAGCAAGGUGUGGUACGUAAGGCUGGGUUCCUCUCCUUCAAGCCCCUCAUCACCCUCAACAAAGACCACAAACUGGAGCUGGUGGCCAGGCGCAAGUGGAAGCGGUACUGGGUCACGCUCAAAGGCUGCAUGCUCCUGUUUUAUGAAACCCAUGGAAAGAGCCCUCCGGAGCAGGACCCUCCCCCUCGUUAUGCCCUCUUUGCAGAGGAGAGCAUUGUGCAGGCAGUGCCUGAACACCCAAAGAAGGAGAACGUCUUCUGUCUGAGCAAUGUCUAUGGGGACGUCUACCUGUUCCAGGCUGCCAGCCAGACAGACUUGGAGAACUGGGCUACUGCGGUCCAUUCAGCAAGCGCCUCUCUCCUUGCUAAGCGACACGGCAAAGAAGACACAGUGCGCCUGCUGUGUAGCCAAACACGCAGCCUGCUGCAAAAGAUUGACAUGGACAGCAAGUUGAAGAAGAUGGCCGACCUACAGCUGUCUGUCGUCUGUGAUUACAAGAACAGGAGAGCCAUUGGGAGCCAGAUCCAGCAGUGGGAGCAGAACCUGGAGAAGUUCAACAUGGACCUGUUCCGCAUGCGCUGUUACCUGGCCAGCCUUCAGGGUGAUGAGCUGCCCAACCCCAAGAUCCUCUUAGCAGCCGCUAGCCGGCCUUCCAAAAUGGCACUGAGCCGUCUGGGUAUCUUCUCGGUGUCCUCUUUCCACGCCCUGGUGUGCUCUCGCGAUGAAGCCACUCUUCGCAGACGGUCCUGCUCUGUCUCACAGGGGGUGCCUAGCAGACGAGGUCUCUUCUCUUCUCUCAAGGGCCUGGAUACCCUGGCCAAGCGUGGACGGGACAAGAGGCAGUCUGUGUCCCAGAUUUUGGAGAGCAACACUGGAGGACAUCUUGGCCAUUUUCCACCUAGCAGCUUUGAGAAAGUGGAUGGCUUGGCUAAUCUUUACUCUGUAGCACCACCUGAAGGCAGUCAGUGGAACAGCAGCGGGGAAAGACAGACCUGCGUGCACUUCGCUGAUGGACAAGCCAUUAAUGUAUCCCUUAAACCCGAUCACACAGUAGCAGAUGUGCUCUCACUGACCUGCAGGUUGAAGCAGCUGGACCCACAGAAGCACUGCCUGCGUGUGUGGGUCAGGAUGGGUCAGGACACCCAGCUCAGCACUCCUGCACCCACUGACGUAGUCCAGGAUCUGCUGUGUGACAAGCUGGAGGUCUUUCCCCUGAAUAUCUUCAUCUUGUCCAUGACGCGGCCUAUCAGCACCAUGGACUUUGGCUUUGCUGUAACAGGCCAUGUGGACGGAUCUGGGAACAGCCACAUGUUUGUGAGUGAGGUUCUACAGCAUGGACUAGCUUUUACUGAAGGGCUCAGAUCAGGAGAUGAGAUCCUGGUUCUGAAUGGGACGAGUGUUUCCACACUGGACCUGGGUCAAAUGCAGACACUGUUCGGUCAGCAGAAGCUGAACCUGGUGAUCAAACGAGAGGACACCGUUACUCAAGAGCAGGCCCCCACUUGGCCAGACUCACACCCAAUGGAGCCGUGUUCUUCCGUUCUACCCCUUAGCCAGUCCAGAACCCUGGGCAAGUCACAGCAAGAGCAACAUUGCAUGCAGCCCUUCGCAGAUGUAUCCAGUGUCCCAGACAUUCCCUGCAGUUCCAUAGGCCAUGAGUUUGAGGAAGAGCCAUUGCAGUCCAACCCAGUUGAUGCAGCACACACUGUUAAGAGCAUGGAAACUGUGACUACCCCAUUCUCAGAGGUUCAGGAGAACACCAGGGUCAUGAUGGAAUACCCAGGGGACUCCCAGCCUAGCCUCUUGCACCCCCCUUGCCUGCGGCAUAUGUCAGAUACAGAAAGGCUCCGAAAGGUGGUUCAGGAGCUUGUGGACACAGAGAAGUCGUAUGUCAAGGAUCUGAGCUGCCUGUUUGAGAUCUACCUGAAACCCCUGCAGAGUCAGACAUUCCUCAGCCUGGAAGAGAUGGAGUCUCUAUUUGGUAGUCUGCCUGAGAUGCUGGAUUUCCAGAGGGUCUUCCUGCAAACCUUGGAGGAGCACAUUGCUUCCUCCCCAGACUUCAACACCCUGGAAACUCCUGGGCAGUUCCAGAAACUUCUCUUUUCUUUGGGUGGCUCCUUCCUCUACUAUGCAGAUCACUUCAAACUCUACAGUGGAUUCUGUGCCAACCACAUCAAGGUCCAGAAAGUUCUGGAGAGAGCCAAGACAGACUGGGCUUUCAAGGACUUCCUGGAGGCAAGGAACCCAACCAAGCAGCACUCGUCUACACUGGAGUCAUACCUGAUCAAACCGGUGCAAAGGGUUCUCAAGUACCCACUGCUGUUGCGUGAGCUGGUGUCCCUGACAGAUGCAGACAGUGAAGAGCACUCCCACCUGACUGAGGGCCUGAAGGCCAUGGAGAAGGUAGCCAGUCACAUCAAUGAGAUGCAGAAGAUCUACGAGGAGUACGGUACUGUCUUUGACCAGCUGGUGGCUGAGCAGAGUGGCUCAGAGAAACAGAUCACUGAAAUCUCCAUGGGCGAGUUCCUCAUGCAUUCUUCUGCGGUGUGGUUGAACCCAUUCCCCUCGCUGGGCCGCAUGCGGAAGGACCCAAAGUUGACCGUAUUUGUUUUCAAGAAAGCAGUGAUACUGGUGUGCCGGGAGAGCAGCAAAGUGAAGAAGAAGAUGGGCACGGCACGCUCAGCCUAUUCUCAUGGGGACCUGGACCCCUUCAAGUUCCGCUGGCUCAUUCCUCUUUCAGCUCUGCAGGUUCGACAGGGCAGUGCUGCAGCAUCAGAGGCAAACUGUGUCUGGGAACUGGUCCAUACCAAGUCAGAACUUGAGGGAAGACCAGAGACCACAUUCCAGCUCUGGAGCAGUGUGCAAGAGAGCAAGGCCAGUGCUGUGAAGGUGAUCCGCUCCCUGCUGAGGGAGAACGUGAGGAGGACGGCACUUGUGGACAGGGCCAGCGGGUUGCGCUUGGGCUCAGCGAGCAGCGCCAGGCCUCCAACCAGCAGGACAGGUUCCAUCCAGGUGUCCUGGAUGUCCAAGGAGCCUUGUCCCAGCACAUCAGUUCUUGCCAACAUGCUGAAAGGGGGGCAGGUGGAUCCUGACAAGGGCGGCCUUAGCAGCUCUACAUAUAACAGGGGCUGCGAUGUUGGGGAGAGUCUCCUGGCCUCCCAGGAGCUGCCACCAGUCUCACAGCAGCAUUUUCUCAGCUCUGAUGGUGGGUCUCAGGAGUCAGGUGUCCAGGGUGAAAACAACAGUCUCGGUGGGGCAGUACAUUGCGACUCCCUGACCAGUGCCAUCGAGGCCCACUUACAGAGGCUGUGGAUCACAGAGGCGACGCCCCUUUCAAAGGCAGCUCCCUGUGUGGAGCCAGAGGGUGCAGAGCUGGACACUCCGGUGAAGCAGCCCAACCCCUUGACACGGACAGCCGAAAUUCAUGACGAGAACCACGGCCCAUCGCUGGACGAUACGCCCGCCGUCGACCUUAACUCUCUGUUGGAGAGGGAUUUCAGUGUGCAAAGCCUGACCUCAGUCCUCAAUGAAGACUGUUUCUUUGACAAGGAGGAGGGCAAGACCCCCACCGCUACUGUAUAAUAGGUCUCUAGUGAGGGGUCCUGAUCUAUCCUCAGACAGAAGUGUGAGGUUGCUGCACCAGUGUGUGCCACCUUCAGAGAACGUUGCAGCACAUGACAGCAUCCCAGGAGCACCUUUCCAUCCUUUGGGCAGGACCAGGAAGUGUCAGCAUCCUCCUAGCUACAGGACCCCUCGCUUUAACAGCUUGCACUAUACUGUUACAUUUUUUUUUUUCUGUACGACCCCAAUUUUUUCCUACUUUUUAAUUUAUUGAUAGUUUUUUAUUUUUGUAUUUCUUAGUAAGAAAGCGGGAUGUCUUUCGAAGUUUCCUAAUAUUUGUGUGAGAAAGAUGACUCAAGUAAAUUUUAUACUGCGGUCUUUUUGUAUCUGCCAGAUCUCUCCAGAUUCUCGCUCACAAGGACAUGUGGUCCAUAGUUAGACCCAAGUUUUACUUCACACCAAAAUGCAGUGUUUUAUGGGCAAAAUUAUUUCCUGGAAUGAAGUUAGUGGUUCUCCUUCUCUACCUGUUAUCCUCCUGACUACAAGCUUCUCCAAGACCGUGGCAACUUUAUGCCAGAUAUUUGAUGCUACUCAGCUUUCAUAAAUGACCAGUUUCUAUUAAGACCACACAGUUGAACUCAGCUGGGAAGUAUAAGACAUUUCAGACCAAAAACAGAUAUUAACACAGCUCCUUGGGAAAACACAUCCUUUAUGAAUUAUUAAUGUUAAACCCAAUAUUGUAAAUGUCUACCCUGUAAUUU